UUCCUACCGACGACGAGAGAGAGACAGCGGCAGACAGAGAGAAAGAGAGGCGCUGACUUUGAAACAAGCUCAAUCAGUCAACAAUGUACGUACACGAUAACGCCUUCGCCACCUAAUUUUGUCAAAAACGAACAAAAUCGCCAUGUCCAUACAUGCAAAAAGCUAAGAUCGACUGAGAUAUUAUCGCUGCAAGCAGCACUACAUAGUUGUACGUAAAUUAAACUUUCACUACAUAUAGUAGUCAGACGUUGUUUCUUCAUCGCAUGAAUUAAAAAUGUCCCUACACACUAAUACUGCCAUCCUGCAUCUCGUAAUCCUAUGUCUCCCACUCGCUCUAACCCUAACCAGCGCCGACACCAAACCCAACUGCCAAAGCAAGUGCGGGAACCUAACCGUCCCGUACCCCUUCGGCAUCGGAGUCGGAUCGGGCUGCUCGAUGAGCCCGUGGUACGACGUCAACUGCGACGCCUCCUUCGCGCCCCCGCGCCCCUUCAUCGCCUCGGGCAACCUCGAGAUCAUCUCCAUCACAGGCGACGCGCUCCGCAUCAAGAGCUGGGUGGCCGCGCGCUGCUACGACGCAUCCGGGAACAUCACGCGCCAGAACAGGGUGCUCAUCAACAUCACGGGCUCCCCUUUCGCCUUCUCUCAACGCAACAGCUUCACCGUCAUCGGCUGCGACGAGCAAGCGCUGCUCAACUUCAACGGGUUCGGCGCCCUCGGUUUUACCAGCGGAUGCAUCUCCAUUUGCUCCGACAGGGCCGACUUGGGCGCGGGAGAUUGCUCCGGCGUCGGGUGCUGCCAGACUGCGAUCCCCAAGGGCAUGCAGCUUAUGAACUCGUUUCUCGGCACGACCACGGGCCACGUGAGCGUGUGGUCGUUUAAUCCGUGUGGCUACGCGUUUCUUGGUGACCCCACCAGCUAUAGUUUCGCGCCGUCUGAUCUGGCUGACCCGGGUUUUCAGAACAGGACUGUAGAUAAUGUGGGAUUGGUGCUGGACUGGGCUGUUGGGAACCAGAGCUGCAGUGAGGCUCGGAAAUCCGAGGAUUUCGCCUGUUUGGACAAUAGCGAUUGUGUUGAUUCUGAUAUGGGGGCUGCUGGAUAUAGGUGUAGAUGUUCGCAGGGAUUUCAAGGGAAUCCAUAUCUAAGUCCAGGAUGCACAGAUGUUAAUGAAUGUGAAACUAAUCCAUGUGAUGAAAAUGGGAUUUGCACUAAUGUUGAGGGUAGUUAUGCUUGUUCUUGCAAGAAAGGGUACUUGGGAGAUGGCACAAGAGAUGGCCAUGGCUGCAUUGCUAAGAGCUCUGAGUUUCCAGUCAUCAAAUUUUCAUUAGGCUUGAGUUUUGGGUUAUUGGCCAUAGUAAUUGCAAUGACAUGGCUAUUCGUGAGUGUUAGAAGAAGGGCGCUCAUAAAUCUAAGGCAGAAAUUCUUCAAGCAAAACGGUGGGCUGCUGCUCCAGCAGCAGCUCUCUUCAAAUGAGAAAACUAUGAAAUCUAUGAGAAUAUUCAGCGCAGAGGAGCUCGAAAACGCCACCAACAACUACUCAGAAGAUCGAAUCCUAGGCAAAGGAGGUUUUGGGAUAGUUUACAAAGGCGUGUUGCAUGACCCACAGCAAGUAGUUGCAAUCAAAAAAUCAAGAGUGAUGGAUGAGAGCCAGAUGGAGCAGUUCAUAAACGAGGUCAUCAUUCUAACACAAGUCCAUCAUCGCAACGUUGUGAAGCUCCUAGGAUGUUGUCUGGAGACGGAGGUUCCUCUGCUCGUGUACGAAUACGUGAAAAACGACACACUCUUCCACCACAUCCAUAACAGCGGAGGAAUGCCUUGGUUUUCAUGGGGGAAUCGUCUGAGAAUCGCGGUGGAGGCUGCCGGUGCACUAGCCUAUCUUCACUCCGCAGCAGCCAAGCCUAUUAUCCACAGAGAUGUGAAAUCUCCCAACAUUUUAUUGGAUGAAUAUUACAAUGCUAAGAUUGCAGAUUUCGGGGCAUCAAGAUUGGUUCCCAUUGAUCAAACAAUGGCCACCACUCUAGUCCAAGGAACCUUAGGUUACUUGGACCCGGAGUCCUUCCGCACGUGCCAGUUGACAGAGAAGAGCGACGUGUACAGCUUCGGGGUUGUCCUGGCCGAGCUCAUGACGGCCAGGAAACCUCUCUCCAACACCAACAACGACCGAGAAAAGAGCCUCUCGACUUUCUUUGUGACGGCGAUGAAAGAGAACCGGCUCUUCCAGAUUCUUGAUCCCCGCGUGCUGAGAGAAGGGAGCUUCGAACAGCUUCAGGCGAUUGCUGAGAUCGUGAAGAGAUGUCUGAAGCUGCAUGGCGAGGAGAGGCCCACCAUGAAGGAAGUUGCGAUGGAACUGGAGAGCUUGAGGAAGUUCAGUAGGCAUCCUUGGAUUCAGCAACAGGUUGAAGAGGAAUCUGUGGGAUUGAUGAAUGGGGAAUUAUCUGAUUUGUACACUAUCUCUAUGAAUAGUGAGAUUAGUAUGGGACCGCAUAAUUCUGGGACUACACCUUUGAUGUACCCACGGGAACACAGAGAAAAUUAAUUUGAGAAAAAACAAAAAUAAAUUGGAGGUGCGCUUCCCCCAAGAUUCGCCAAUGGAUGCACUCUGUUUUGGGGCCGGCCCUGUAAUAAAGUCUAGCGGGGGCUCCAAUUAUUUUUUAAAGUAUUAAAUUAGUUUUAAACUCAACAAAAUAUCAUUCCCUUUCA